AUAAAAAAGAGCAACACGACUAACGGAAGAGAUAUGUGACGAGUUAUAACGCUCGUCUCUUGUGAAUCGCCGAGCGAGAAAAAGUGUCUGUCUAUUUGGAUGAUUCGAAGACAUUGCUCGGAUGCUGCGUAAUCUGGACAAACAACCAGUGCGUGAUGAUGCCAUGACGAUAAAAUAAGAUCUUCAAGGAGCGAGAUCGUGAAACCACGAGUAGAUUCUGUGGAUUUCCAGUCAAGCCCGUUCUUCAUGAACGCGGGAAAAGAUGCUAUCGAGAGUUAAUCUGAUUACGAUUUUGCUGACCUUGAAUUGUGUCAGCCACGCGAUGGAAUACUCGAAAUCUCUGCAAGAAAAGCGACAAGAGGAUGAGGAGAGAGCCGUCACUUUCAGCAGGAAGAUCCUCAGGUACAUGUACAACAAUAUCACGUUCGAAGAUCUUAUUUCUUCAACCGAUCGCAUCGCCAGAGAUACAUUGGCUGAAAUGCACGUUCAGGACGUUGAUGCACAACCUAGAAGCGAAGUAGAGGAACGAGUUUUAGAUCAAGCAAGACGUAGACGGAGAAUGGACCGUACAAUGUUGGCGUUGUUAAUGGCAUACAAGCUCAAAUUCAUUGCCCUGAUACCAGCGAUACUCGGUGGUCUGUUCCUCCUCAAGGGAACGACGCUUCUUGCGGGAUUCUUCUUCGCUCUAUUCGCUGCUGUUCUAGGAUUAAAAGUACACUGAUGACAAAGUUUAAUUUUUGGAUAA